GUACCUUUGAACCUUCAAAUUUUUAUUCAUUCUCAUUCAUCAAAUAGGUACGAUAGGCAGAGUACGGUGCGUGGUACGGUGUUGUGUGGAAUAAAAUCAUGUUGAUGUGAAUUCAUUUAAAAAUAUUGCUAUAACAUAUUGACAUCGAUGAAAAGCACGUAAUUAGAUUUAUCAGGUCAUCAUGGAAGUAAACCUGGACGAGUACGCGAAAGAGUGGACCGAAUUGUCAAACGAGUGCAAAAAUCUCGAGACAACAAAUUCAACAUACUUGGACUUAUUGGAAAAUCUAGAACAACUGCAGGAGCAAUGUACGAAGCAAAUCAAACAUCAGCGUUAUCGGAUGCAGCAAAUUUCAAAAAACAUAAAGCUAUGCACAAAGAACAAGAGGCUCACACCAGAGGAGAAAGAUACCUUGGCGGACCUGGACAAAAACAUGCUAAAGCGAAAAGCUCAAUUAUAUGAAAUAGAGCAAGGUUUGCCGCAGAAGAACAGUCUUUAUUUAAAAAUCAUCCUUGGAGAUGUCAAUGUUUCCAUUUUGAAUCGAAGCGAUAAAGUGCGCUACAAAGAUGACUACGAAAAGUUCAAACUAAUUUUGAACGUCAUUGGUCUAUUUUUAUCAUUCCUGAACAUCGUAUUCAAUUAUAGGGCUCUUGAACUAGCAUUUAUCUUUCUAUCGGUGUGGUACUAUUGCACGUUGACAAUCCGGGAGUCAAUUUUGAAGGUCAAUGGAUCCCGUAUUAAAGGAUGGUGGAGGUUGCAUCAUUUUAUAUCUACGGUGUGUGCGGGUGUGCUACUAGUUUGGCCUCAAGGUGAAACUUGGCAGCUUUUCCGUGCGCAGUUUAUGUAUUUCAACGUGUACAUCAGCCUGGUGCAGUACUUGCAGUUCGGUUAUCAAAAAGGAGUACUCUACAGACUUAAAGCUCUUGGCGAACGACAUGAUAUGGAUAUCACGAUUGAAGGCUUCCAUUCGUGGAUGUGGCGCGGGUUAAGCUUCUUAAUCCCGUUUCUUUUUAUGGGUUACAUAUUUCAAGCGUACAAUGCAUGGACGUUGUACAAACUGGCCGAGCAUCCAGAUGCACCCUGGCAGAUUCCGGUUCUCAGCUUAUUAUUCUUGAUCCUGUUCAUCGGAAAUACUACAACCACAAUGCUGGUAGUCCCGCAAAAGCUACGUGGCCGCAUAAAGGAACGCUACAGGUUAAUGAGCUUAUCGUGGGCCUUGAAGGCGCGUAACCAAAUUAAGGGCGAUAAAUCGAAGUUGGACGAUUCUGGUUUGAACAACGAAUGUGAUAAAACUAAGUAAACUGUUAAUCGUCAACUAGAAUUCCAUGUUUGAAUGAUGUGGAUUAACAAUGCUUUUUGUGUGUAUUUUCGGCGUCUAAGAACAAAAAUGUAUAAUUCACUCAGGCUGAAGAGGUUUAUUUUUAUUAGGAAUAGUGUUGACAAGAACUUAUAUUUAAAUAAAACUAAAUUUGAGAAUUGGUA